CCGAAAAGGACAAACAAUCGAAACUCCCGAGCUCAAAUAUUCAUCCUCUCUCGUUUGCAUCAGAACAGCAGCGAAGAAGAAGAGAUAAAUGGGGAAGGGGAAGCAGGCGGCGGUGGUCUUAGGAGCCCUAGCCUUCGGGUGGCUGGCCAUCGAGAUGGCCUUCAAGCCGUUCCUCGACAGGGCCCGCUCCGCCAUGGACCGCUCCGACCCGGACCGCGACCCUGACGACGAGGAAGCCCCCUCCUCCGAACUCCCAGCCCCAGGCCAACCCUCGCCUGCUGCUGCAAGUCAGUGAGCGGAUCCGCCCAGAACGGAGGCUUCUCGAUCGAUCUAGUCGACAAUCAGAACGUAGAUGGAUCGAGUUGGUUGCUUGAGCUAGCCCGGCCUGGGACACCUUCCAAGAGGGUUUCGGAGGUGACUACGGGUGGCUCGGGACGUGCAGGAACCUGUGCUAACCCGAAAUAGCAAGAAAACCCGGUAAGUGAAAAAAUUGUCCUUUUAGAUUCGGUUUAGAAAGUCUUGUGUUUAAUUGUGGUUGAGUGGUUUGUUUGAUGUCUCCUUUCUCUGAGAGGACCCUUAAGAAGUGUAUGAGGAUAUGAACGAGUUAAAUCUCCAAGAAUGGUCCGAUUUAAGAUUUGGCAUGGUGCACAAGUUCGCUGCCACCCGAGAACCGGUAAAGGACCCGAUUGUAUAGUGGGAUGGAACUGGCAGCUGGAGGCCUCAACCACUAAAACUAACCUCGGAAAUGGACUUGGGGGGUCGAAAACAUGAAGGGUAUGUAUUAGUUCAAGGCUCGGGAUAGGUUGGUUAGGUGGUCGCCAGAAAAUGAUUUGUUUUUCGGCAAUUUUGGCUUGAUUUCGGGAUUUUCAGGGAGCUGGACGAGCUGAGGCUUUUAGGGGAUUCUUUUGAAAGUAUUUUAAAUGAAAUGUAUGUAAGAAAAGUUGUCAUUGAAUGGCUAUACACUUAGGUAUUUAUAGAGGUACGUAAAAGGCCAUUUUGUAAACAUUAAGUGCAAUUAAGGUAAAUUGUGGUGGCUAGGCGAAUUUUGCACCAAUUAGGGAAGGAGAUUAGUCCAAAAUGAUGGCUUGCAAAUUGGCUUUGAGUUGAAUUUGAAGAAGAUGAAACGUCUAGGGCCUGUUUGAAAACC